AUGGCUCUGGUGAGAGGAGACGACUCGGGCAGCACAACACUGAUGGCACUGGACGAGAAAUGGAGCUCGAGUAUGGAUCAGCUGGGCCGAGUGGUGAGCGAUAUGCAAGGCAUGAUGCAGCAGAUCACCACCUCUCAAGUGGUGACCGAUGCAUGGCGACCGGGCAUGGAGAUGAAGGUCAUCGAUCUGCAAGUUUCGGUGGCGGAUUUGCGCGUCAAGAUCGACGAGCUAUUGCUGAAGUCAUCGAAUUCUUUUUCUAAGAAGCUGAAUUGCGAGGCAUCAGAUCCUACUCACCUGGGGUCUUCUUCCUUCAUGGAGGCACUUGGGUCGGGCCACCGCUCUGCUCAUGCUCACCGGAGGACUGGGGAUGGGAAGAAGGAUCAAGACCUGCGGCGAUCGUUCUCGGAGUGCGUGCACAACGACAGCAAAGAUUACCAGCUCAUCGCCGCCGCCGCCGGCUCUGACGUGGAGGAGACGGUGCGGUGUGCGUGCUGUAGCGUGCCGGAGGACUGCACCGCCGCCUACAUCCGCGGCGUCCGCGCGGCACACUGCGGGAGCUGGGUGUGCGGUCUCUGCGCGGAGGUCGUUGGCGAACGGCUGCGGCGGGAGCCCGGCGCCGGCGUGGAGGCGGCGCUGCGUUCGCACACGGCGGUGUGCAGGGACUUCAACGCGACCACCAGGCUCAACCCGAAGCUCUCCCUCGCCGGCUCUAUGAGGGACAUCGCCCGAAGGAGCUUCAACCGGCGGGCGUCGUCCGCGACGACGUUCCACGACGAGCUCCGCGCGGCCAAGACGAUGGAGAGGACCGUCAGCUGCCAGGCGCGCUUCUUUGCGUGACUGCACUGCGCAUUUAAUAAUCGUUGCAUGCUGCUAGCUGGUUAUGUUGUUACAUAUGUGUUGCAAGUUCAGUGGUGCAAUUCAUGCAUGCA